AUGCCAACCCCCCACUCCCUCCUCACCUCCCUCGUCCUCCUCACAGCAACCUACCUCAGCGCCGCCAGCUCGGCCCCCCCAAGCGUCUACAAGCCCCGAAAACAAUCCAACCUCUACACAGCCGACACAUUCUACUUCGUCAACACAGUCGUCUCCACCAUAAAAGCCACCACAACAGCAACAAUGCUCUACCACGCCCUCAUCGCCCUCCUCUACCCGCCAUCCACGCACCCAACCCUCCUCGCAAACAUCUGCCCCCACACCGACCAACUCACCCGCUCCCAAUUCACCUGGUCCCCAACGCACCUCCUCGCCCUCGCCGCCAUCCUCAUCGGCUCCUCCGUCCGCCUCUCCGCCUGCAGCGGCCUCGGCAAAGACUUCACCCUCCGCCUCGCCGUCCCAGACCGCCUCGUCACCCGCGGUCUGUACGCCUACGUCCAGCACCCGGGCUACACGGGAUACCUGCUCGUGCUGGCGGGAUGUCUCGGGCUCGGAUGUCGGUGGGAUGCGUCUGCCGGGGCGUGCUUCUUGCCUGGUGGGGUGCUGGGGGCGCUGAGUGGGUGGGGGGUGUGGGUCGCUGGGGUGAUUGUGGGGGCUCAGGCGGUUGUGUUUGGGGUGAGGGUUGGUGAGGAGGAGGAGAUGUUGAGGGGGAGGUUUGGGGAGGAUUGGGUGAGGUGGAAUAGGGGGACGGCGCGGUUUGUGCCGUUUGUUUGGUAG